AUGUUGACGUCCAGUCGUUUUGUGUCUGAUGUAAUAAAGUCAUGCAAGCCUCGGCUUGGCGUCCAUCUCAGCGGCUUUCAAGGGAGCAAAAGAUGUAGAGAAGAUACAAGCAACCCGCACACUCACGCUUCAGCCCCCCUUGAGUGUCAAAAAGAAAAGGGCAAGGAGACCCCCGGACGACGAGGCUUGGUUGAACCGGAUAUGCAUCACUCACCGUCGUAUAUCCGCCGUGCCGCACUCGAGAAGCUUGCGAUAUUAGCCACAAGACACCCCAGACCAGACGAUGAUCUUGGGAACUCGGAUGUAGAGAGGCUCAUAAGGGCCUGUUGUGGCCCCAAGGCACCCUCCGGUGGCUCGCAGGCUCGCUGUGCCCCAAGUGGGAUUCGAGAACUAGACGUUCUGCUUGCUCUGUGCAAAGCAGCAGGUUCCGUCCAGCGUGCAGACCAUGCGGCAAAGCUUGUCUCACUGCUUGUCAGCCGUCUACCAACCAUCUAUACACUACGGGUCCAUUCUUCUCCUUUCCUACACACAUACAGGCCUUCUCCAUGGGAAACCCUAACCCAUGAUGUCGUUGCCGCCUUGCUUUCUCUCGGAUCUAGGCACAAGUCGCUGCAGAAUGACGUUUAUGAGGCUAUCGAUGCGUAUCUGGAGAACUGUCAUCAGGCAACAGAGCGGCUGCCGGCCGUCAUUGAUGCAGAAGGGACAGGGAUGCAUGUCAACAGCCAUGAAUCCACGGAUCUGGCUGCUCUCAUGGUCUCCCUCGUAGGCUUUCUUCGGGCCUCUUCCGAAUUCCCUCAUUUUUGGGCACCGUUGGACCGCCUUGCUAUUGUAAAGCAGUUACACAUCAUUCUCUCAGAGCGGUUUCUGGUUGCGGUAGAGACAAUAUCUUCUGGCAUACGGAAUUCUCGCUCGCCGGACCCUUUGCUACAUGACUGGAGACGAUACACCCGCCAGUAUGCGGCUGACGGCCGUCCCCUUGGCUCGAUGCUGCUGCAACAGGCGUUCAUGGCCUUUCUAAAAUCCUGCACAUCUCCUGUCGAACGGGAUGGAACGCAACUAUCAGAUGAUACUCUUUUAUCUCGUUAUGCGGACGGUGGCUAUGCUGUCAAAACCUCUGACCGAGGUAUGACCAGCCUGGUGAGAUACGCCGCAGAAAUUGCAGGUGACCAGAUCAACCUCCUCGAAGAAGGGUCGGAUUAUUUGCAAGUUAGCUCCACCUGGCAACAACGCCUUGCCUUCUUAGUAAAAACGCUGUCAAUAAUGUGCUCUAUCAACUGCAUCAUGGUCGACCAGGAUUCUGUGGAUCUGGAUUUGCUUUUCACAUCCCUGGAGAGCACCAUCACGGAUGCGGACCAGAUGGUGAACAGGGAGCUUGCAACAGUCGUUCUCAAGGCUGCUGUGAUUCUAGCAAGGCUCUCCCGGGGCAGUGCAGCCGGCCUGACUCGUUCCCUUCUUCGAUUCAUUGUGCAAAAUGGCCAAAGUAGCCCAGUGGUUGCACUGGCUGCCCAAUGCCUAGCCCAGAAUCUCCGCCUUCUUUCUCAUGAUACCGUCAUAGGCACUUUGUAUUCCCUUGGAAACGUCCUUAGCUCUGGCCCCACAGUAGAUAAGACUGCCACUACCCUUACCGCGGAUUCAGGCACUACCUAUCCUCAGUCCAUUGAGCCACGGCCCCAUCCGACAAAUGAGAGCUUCCUAUCGCUUGCUAUUGACGGAGAAGGCGACUCCUCUAUUACAGCUAGAAAUGUGGUACACGCAAUCGUAACAAUUGCCACUAAUAGUGAGGAUAGCAAGAUAGUCGCCCUUGCACAGUCUAUGCUGGUGCAAAAGAUUGGUAAAGUAAACGUCGUAGUUGAUGCAUACAUCAUCCAAGAGACCGCAGCACUGUCUCAAAAGAGUGAACCCGCGGAGUUUCGCCUCCUGUUGAAGUUCUAUUCUCGCCUGUUGAGAGAUACUUUUGCCCAGGGCAAUAACUUGAUGCUUGAGGCGAUACACAAAGCAAGAAACCAUCUUGCUGCUCACCUUGACCCAAGCAGUGAAAUGUUCAAGAUCUACUUGGUAUACCUCCUUGAGAGUUUAGUUAACCAGGGAACUGCCGUUGAGCGUGAAAAAGUUCACCCAGAUGAUAUCGAGUCAACAGCUAGGCAGAUUGUUCCUAUACUCAAGCCGCUUGCAAUCAUCCUUGCUAGAGCAGGCAGCCUAGAACAAUUGCCUGCUGGAGUAUGUGAUACUGAUGAUAUCACAGAUAUGCUCCGGGAUGCUUGGUUCAACAUUGCAGCCCACGAUAUCUCCCUUCGCUCAGACCUCGGAAAGGAGCACUAUGAACAACUCCGGAUUUUAGCUGAACAUUCACCUCCUCUUGUCUCUGAAAAUCGUGCCGAGUUGCUAGAAAGUGAUAUAGAGCUGAACACAAUUCUAAGGCGUGGCCAGAGCCCUCACACCACUAUUGACAAGAAGAAAAAUCUCACUGCCGAGCUACCAGCUCAAGAAUAUGAUAUCCGACGCUUGAAUUAUCCCAAGGCACUCUUUCUAAACGCUGCGCUUCUUAUAGAAACGCUGCGUGCCAAUUCUGGUGAUUGCACAAAAGUGUUUACCUACUUCCUCGACCCUACCCUGAACACGUCAGAAAUGGGCAAUUGCAUGAGAGCAAUUGCCGAUAAGGUUGUUACCGUCUAUCUGGAGAAAGCCCUAAGAAGUACAGCAGUUAAAUUUUCUGCUCCUUAUAUCGCCAAGCAGUUGGCUGACACUUUUAUUGCCUGUUGCCAUCGCAUUGCCCAAGUCCAGCAAACUGCUACGCUGGCCGCAAAUAAAAUAAUCAUACAAUGUCCAUCAGCCUUAUGCCAGAAGCUAUCUCUCUUUACCCUGUUGGACCUGAUUACCUUGCUUUGGUCGUCGUGCAUGGAUGAGGAAAUGGAUGAAUUUGCUUGGAAGUCUACCUUCACAUCAAGCAGACGGACUGUCCAGAUAGUUUUAUCAGACAACUACGAUUUCAGGAGACGUACUUUGAAAAAUGUUCAUGAUUCGGCUCGUACCUGGAUCUCGAGUGUUAUGAACAUGGCACCAUUGGACAUCAAGGGCCUACUUCAGACGUACCUUUCUGAUUAUGACGACGAUGGUGUAUACGGCCACAUAACAAUGGGCCGUUCAUUAGCACUUGAGAUGGGCUCAGCCAUCCCCCUCGCUGACCAACGACUGGGUCAAAGCACCACUGCCCGGACAACUGACUAUCCCGAGACUGUGCAAGAAGCCCUCGCGGCCCUGGAGAUUCAGAUUAGAACAGAGAAACACAUCUCAUUGGAUCUGCCUCGUCACAUUCUCCGGCGCACUGCCGCUCUCCUAUGUAAUACCGACGAGAGUCACCCAGCGAUUAUUGCUCACCUCGUCAACAUACCCUUCCAGAUAUUCACCAAGGAGUCCAUUAGGAUGGGCAUUGCUCUGUGGCUCGGAGUGAUCAACGAGAAACCGGCCAUGGAAUCAAGGAUUUUGGUAGAAGUAGCGCAGGCAUGGGAACGCACCAUCCGGCGUAAACAGGGGAUCUUUGAUCCAAACUUCAAACAUAAAAACCCUUUCAUGACAAAGCUUGAAUCGUUACCCUCUGAUAAGGAGGCAAUUGUCAGGCGUCACAGGAAAGCUCAGAAUGUUAUAUCUCCUCAUUUGCUCAUUUUACAAUUUCUAGAAAGCCAUUUCAACGCGAGCAGGCUAGGCAAUUUACAUAUCCAGCAGGUAUUCAGACGUUUGGUCAGUGAAACAUUGAUUGCGAUGAGGGAUUCAACGGCCCAUCCACUGGCUCGUGAGAUCCAUUUCCACGUCGUACUGUUCAGCCUAAAGGUACUCCAUUCCUGCUCUGGCCAGAGUAAUGUUGGAUCAUGGAAACUCAAAGAUCAAAUACUUUCGGCUGGGUUGAAUCAUGAGAGAAAGUCAUCCUUUUUCUAUGGGACUGCUAAUAAAUCUGUCACUGAGGAGACCGUCACAGGGCUUCUUCGGCCGGCAUGGAACGAAAACCCAAGUUUAGCAUUCCAGUUGGGGUCUCGAUUUCCCUCCGCUAAGUUAAGCAAUGAAAUCAGAUGGCUUCUGCUUAACUUCCCUGAAAAGGCACUCAAGGAGCCAAAUGCAUUGGAAAUCCUACUGGGGCCAUCGCUCCCCGAAGACGUUUCAUUCCAACUCAAGUACCUCCUUUACUGGGAGCCGAUCGAUCCAAUUUCUGCUGUCACUUACCUCUUACCGGCAUAUGGCAACCAUCCAUUUAUCUUGCAGUACGCCAUGCGGUCUCUCGAAAGCUUCCCUGUCGAUGUUGGUCUUUUCUAUGUUCCGCAACUUGUGCAGGCUUUACGAUAUGAUGCACUAGGAUACAUCGAGCGCUAUCUUUUGAAUACUGCCCAACUGUCACAGAUGUUUGCUCAUCAGGUCAUUUGGAAUAUGAAAGCAAAUGCUUACAAGGAUGAAGACUCGCAGAUUGUAAGCCCUUCCCCUCAAUCCCACUAUAUAUUUUCCCUGAAAGCUAAGCUAACAAUGGAACAGCCGGAUCCGCUCAAACCUGUGCUGGAUAGAUUCAUGGAGUCUGUUAUUGCAAGUUUCACCGAUGAAGAUCGAGAAUUUUACGAGAGGGAAUUCGCGUUCUUCAAUGAGAUCACUGGCAUUUCGGGAAAGCUACGACCGUACAUCAAACGUACAAAACAAGAGAAAAAAGAGAAGAUUACGGAGGAACUGCGGAAAGUUAAAGUUGAAGUUGGCGUGUACCUUCCAAGUAACCCCGAUGGCGUGGUGGUCGGGAUUGAUCGAAAGUCGGGAAAGCCUUUACAGAGUCAUGCCAAGGCACCUUACAUGGCGACAUUCCGAAUCAAAAAGACAAGGAACCUUGAAGACGGUAGCAAUGCCGUCACUCCUGCUGAAGAAAUUAGCCAGGAAGAAGCGGCUUUGCAGUUGUCAGAAGUUAAAGAGUCAGCCGUACAAACCAAGCGUGAGAGCCUAGCCUCACAAUCAGCAACGUAUGAGGUAUGGCAGUCUGCCAUCUUUAAAGUUGGAGAUGAUUGCCGUCAAGACGUUCUUGCGAUUCAAAUGAUCGCUGCAUUCCGUGAAAUCUUCGCUAGCGUUGGAUUGGACGUCUAUGUCUUCCCGUACCGAGUCGUGGCCACCGCCCCUGGCUGUGGUGUAAUCGACGUCUUACCCAACUCGAUAUCUCGAGACAUGCUCGGACGUGAGGCAGUCAACGGGCUAUACGACUACUUCGUAUCGAAGUACGGAGGGGAGCAGUCGAUAAAAUUCCAAGAAGCCCGAAGCAACUUUGUCAAAAGUAUGGCUGCCUAUUCAGUCAUUUCAUACCUGCUUCAGUUCAAGGAUCGACACAACGGAAACAUCAUGAUCGAUGAUGCAGGCCAUAUACUCCAUAUCGACUUCGGAUUCUGUUUCGAUAUUGCACCGGGUGGAGUACGGUUUGAACGUGCUCCGUUCAAAUUGACCACGGAGAUGAUUGCUGUCAUGGGUGGGUAUAACCCACCUUCAUCGACCGCGGCCUCAGCCUCGGGUUCUACUGCUACCCCAUCCAGCGCCCACACAGCAUCGCACAACGCCAGCUCCCAAUCGUACCGCUGGUUCGAAUCUCUUGUGGUAAAAGCCUUCCUCGCCUCAAGGCCAUAUACCACGAAACUUUCGCACAUAGUCACUCUCAUGCUGGACAGCGGCCUGCCUUGCUUCACACCCCAUACACUGACCAAUUUCCGUGACCGGUUCGUCUUGGAGAAGAGUGAACAAGAAGCAGCCCAGUAUAUGAGAGAACUCAUUCGCAAGAGCUAUGCCAGCAUGUCAACCAAGGGCUACGACCAAUUCCAGCUAUUGACCAACAAUAUCCCUUACUGA